UGUGGGCCAAGAUGGCGGCGGGGAGCGGCGCCGGGGCGCGGGAGCUUUUUGCUGAGGGGCUCCUGCAAUUCCUGCGACCCGCGGUGCGACAGCUCGACCGCCACGUCCACAGCGUCAGGGAGAGCCAGGUAGAGCUGCGGGAGCACAUCGACAGCCUGGCCACAGAGCUUUGCCGCAUCAACGAGGACCAGAAAGUGGCGCUGGACCUCGACCCCUACGUGAAGAAGCUGCUGAACGCCCGGCGCCGCGUGGUGCUGGUCAACAACAUCCUGCAGAACGCCCAGGAGCGGCUGCGGAGGCUGAACCACAGCGUGGCCAAGGAGACGGUGCGGAGGAGGGCGAUGCUGGAGGCCGGGGGCUACCAGGGCAAGUGACCAAGUGAGCGGCCAGGACAGCGGGAAUCCUGUUAAUCCCAGGGGAAUUGAGGGGGUGUCCCCCAUCACCUGCAGCUGAGGGAACUGGGACACUCCAUGCUUGUUCCCGGAUUUGUGGGCGCUGGAAUAAAAGUGACUGAGAGUC